ACGUCGCUUGGAAGAAUGUGCAUUAAGUUACACAUUAGCUAGCAACAACCAAAUGGAUUACAAAAUACUUUUGUACAUGUAUGAAGAUAUAUUAGGUAUACUGUAGCUGAUUUGGCUUGUCCUAACGGUGUAAGGAACAGAGCUACAUAAUGUCCCAGCAUGCUCUGCUCUCUGCGGGUUGUAAGGCAUGGCGGUCUCUGUCAUGUCCCCGGUCAGAGCUUCGGCUGGAUCUCACUCUGGGAUGUGGUCAGACGUUCCGAUGGCGUGAGACUGGAGAUGGUCAUUGGACGGGAGUAAUGCGAGGAAAAGUGUGGACACUAACUCAAACAGAGGAUACGUUAUGGUACUAUGUUUACAGUCAUCAAAUAAAUCCAGGAACAGAAAACAAACAGAAAUGGAAGGUGGAAGAGGAGGAGCAGUUAUUGGGGAAGAUGUCAAAAAGAAAGACUGACAUGAAGCAGGACGAAGCGGGAUUUUGCACAGUGAUGUCAGAUCCUGACAACAAAGAGGAGGAACUUCUGAGGGACUAUUUCCAGUUGGGUGUUAAAUUAGGGGAUCUCUACAGGGACUGGAGCACUGUGGAUCCACACUUCAAACAUACAGCAGACAUCUUCAAAGGAGUGCGUUUGUUGCGUCAAGACCCUGUGGAAUGUCUUUUCUCAUUCAUCUGUAGCUCUAAUAAUCACAUCUCGCGGAUUCAAGGCAUGGUCGACAGACUGUGUCAGACACUCGGGGCUCUCCUCUUCAAGCUUGAUGACGUGGCCUAUCAUGAUUUCCCCCCUCUCCAAGCUCUUACAGAUCCUAGUGUGGAGAUGCAUUUGCGUGAUUUGGGUUUUGGCUACCGUGCUCGUUUCCUGCAGCAGAGCUCACAAAUCAUAGUGAACUCUCAUGACCCUGACUGGCUCCUGUCACUCCGUAGCGCACCCUACCUGCAGGCCAGAGAUUCACUGAGAGCUCUUCCAGGAGUUGGUCUCAAAGUGGCUGACUGUGUAUGUCUGAUGUCACUGGAUAAGUUUGAGGCUCUUCCUGUGGACACCCAUGUGUGGCAAAUUGCCAAACGUGACUACUGCUUUGCAGGUGGGAGCAGCCAGAAGACUUUGACUGAUAGAGUCUACAAAGAGAUUGGUGACUUCUUUAGAAAACUCUGGGGUCCCUAUGCAGGCUGGGCACACUCUGUACUUUUCUGUGCUGAUCUAAAGAGGUUUCAGAAGCUGAAAGAAGAGAUUCCUGCACUGAAAGAUGAGAAAACAGAGCUGAAGAAAAAGAUGAAGGAGAGAAGACAUGACAGAUGUGAGGAAAAACAGAAAAGAAAAAAAGGCAAAAAGCAGCAGAGGACAUAAGGUCAAAAUGACAUUGUGGAUACAUACUGUACUCAGGCUACAGAAAGUCUGCUUCCAGUGUGCUCUUUUUCAAUAAA